CCUCAAGAAAACCCCCCCCCCUACAAACUUAUUUCCCUCUGCAAAACACAAUGAAUUCUCUCACCCUUUAACUGAACCUCAUAGCCCCCUCACUUCCUCCCAGGAAGCCAUCCAUCAACCCACCCAACCUUAAACCGCGCCUCCAGCCACCACUCCCAAAAAUGAACACCAUCGACGCAACAGAGCACUACUCAACCAGUGCCCACGACCGACCCCCCUCCCUCCUAACCGUCAUCCUCGACACCAACCCGCACGCCUGGGCCCAACUAAGCAGCCAAUCCGCCCUCCCCCUCUCAACAGCCGUCGCCAACAUCCUCGUCUUCCUCAACGCCCACCUGGCCUGCAACUACGCCAACGAAGUCGCCGUCGUCGCCUCGCACACCCAAAAGGCCACAUGGCUGUAUCCGGUCGCCGCCGCCUCACCCGACUCAAACCAACCCCCCCGCGACAAGGACGGCGACACGCCCAUGCCCUCCCACAACCGACCCCCGCCGCCCCACGAAAUGAACAAAUACCGCCCCUUCCGCAUCGUCGAAGAACAAGUCACCCAGAACCUGCACAGGUUACUCGGCGGCACCACGGCCGACGAUCUCUCCGCGACGACCUCCACCCUGAUGGCGGGGGCCUUGACGCUGGCGCUGAGCCACAUCAACCGCCGGACGAUCGCUUGGGCCGAGGCGCACGGCGGGGAGACGGAUCCCAACGCCCACGCCAACAACACCACUACUACUAGCACCAACACAGCUGGAGGCGCCGCCGCCGCAUCUGGUGGUGACAAGGCUAGCACCGAAUCCGGCUUGCAGUCGCGCAUCCUCAUCCUCAGCGUCAGCAGCGCCACCGGCGCCGCGCACCAGUACAUCCCCAUCAUGAACGCCAUCUUCGCCUGCCAGCGCCUGCAGAUCCCCAUCGACGUGUGCAAGCUGGCCGGCGACGCCGUCUUCCUGCAGCAGGCCGCCGACGCCACCAAGGGCGUGUACAUGGCCCUCGCCGAGCCCCGGGGGCUGCUCCAGUACCUGAUGAUGGCGUUUCUGCCGGACCAGCGCUCCCGCCGGCAUCUGAUCCUCCCCACGCGCGUGGAUGUCGAUUUCCGCGCCGCGUGCUUCUGUCACCGCCGCGUCGUGGAUAUCGGGUUCGUGUGCUCGAUCUGUCUGAGUAUCUUCUGCGAGCCGUUGGAGAAGGGCGAGUGUUUGACCUGUGGGUCCGUGUUGGAGAUGGGCGACUACGGGGCCAAGCCGGCGGUGGUCGCCCGGAAGAAGAAAAAGAAGAAGGUUCGUGGGCCGGGCAAUGGGGCCUCGGCCACGCCUACACCGACGCCGACACCUGGUCCGUGAGGGUGACCAGGACAUGCUAUGGCCGCCCUUUUUGGUAGUCACGACAUCGCUACUGUUCUGGGUAUACAAGGCACGAAAUAUCUAGAGCAACCCACGCCACGGGAAUUACUGUAUUAUCUGUGGCCUCUUAGGCUGGGAAAACUAACUAGGAAACGGAUACCCUCUAUUCCUCCCUCUUGUUGCCCGCCUCAGCUCAACACAUUCUGACCUCCACUUGACGAAGCAACGAGCGCUCGGUGCCAGGCCAAACCGUGUUUCCCGGAUCUGGUUCACUGGUGGAAGAGCUAUGAGCGAGAAUAGACUUGGAUCGUCGCCCCAACAAUGGAAUUGACACGAAGCAUCGAUCGAGAAUCUGGCCUU